UUUGACACGAAAACAAGCUUUAAUUAUGAUUAUUGGGGUUUGAAAUCGCAGGCAUUUAGAUGUUCAAACCAGACAGGAGUAAGGAAAGACUUCAUAUCAAACUAUAUGGACAUAUCUGGGAUACAUAUGUUUUCUGUGAACCGGUCUUGGAUAGUUUUUAUUAAUCAGAGAUGUGAGAGUGACGUUCAUUGUUUUAGAAACAAUGUUUCACAUAGAUGCAAAGUCUGUGGAUGGGCUUUUGAAACUGCUUCUUCUGCUUUCUGUUCUGUAGAAUGCAAGUUUAGGAGCGUUCUUGGAUCACAACUCGAUGACAUGAUGGAGAGUUCAGAUGAUGUUGAUGAACCCGUUGUGAAGAGAAAGGAGAAUUCAGAAGAUGUGUCUGGACCCAUUAUGAAGAGAAAACAUAGGAGGAAAGGGACUCCAUACAGAUCUCCAUUCUACUAGGAUUUAAACUCCUAAAGGAGUUUCAUACAUAUGUGAGGGUUUAAGAGGUUUUGAGAUUUAAAUAUGUGUAGCUUGUGCUUGUUGGACUUUUCCUUUUGUUUUUACUUCCAGAUUAAACUGAUAAUUGUUUCUAUGGAAUGUGAUUUUUUUUUUUUCUAAAUCAUGUUUGUAUAGUUUAAUCUUAAUACCCUCAAGAUAAUAUAGUUGUGAUAUAUAUAUACCAUGCUAUUGUUUUCCCCAAUAAUCUUCACUGUAUUACUGUGCAUGCGCAUGAGUAAUUGAGCAAGUUAUUUAGUCUUUGUUUGUCUCCAAAUAUUGAAACAAAUGCCAUAAACUAUAGGCUAUUUUUAGCCAAAACGUUAAGCAAAUUCUAUUGGCGUGGGACCGCCCAUAACUCUCUGGAUAAUUUCAAGUCAGAAUAUUCCUGAAUACACCAAAUUGUAGUAAAAAGAGAAAAGAAAAAAAAAAUUCCUGAAUACAUCUUACACAUCUCAUAUUAAUGAUAAUGAUCCAUUUUAUUAAUCAUACUAAACUGUAGAUAUAUACCCACUUUAAUUACCUCAAAUUGCUAUAUACGGUACCGUAGCCAGGGGGUUUGGUUUAGAUUGACAUUGGCGUACGUACUUGGAACAUUUUCUUGCAGUUCGAGUAAAUUGACAUUUGGUUUCUGUACUGAUUCUCUCCUCCAUCACAUCGCCGAUAGGUACUACACUAUUUAUGUACUCUCUCUCGUUUCCAUCAAUCAACGGUUUGACCAAUAUUUAUUGGUUCUACGAUUGCUUCUGCUUAUGCUUCUGCUUCUUAGCAUACUUAGAAAUUACUUGCGGUCAAGCAAAUAAAAAGUUUCCCAUUUUUUUGUUUGGAAAAAAGCAAAAAAGGAACUGUAUUGAACAAGAUAAAAGGAAACAUUAGUUUCGAUUUGAGACUAAAAGAUCCACAAACCCUAACUUCUCUACUACAACUCCAUUAAUUUACUCUUUAAAAGUGUAAACAACACGACGAUCCCGAAACAAAUUACACUAAAAAUUGAAUUUGCUUCCAGUUUAAAAGAACUUCUAAAGUAUGGCGAAAAGCAUGAAAGAAAAUUUUGAAGUUCAGAGCUGGCAUCAGAAGAUUUCCAUGGCUAAUUCAGAUGGUGAAGUCGAGACUAUUCCAUGAAGUAUGCGAUCAACACAUCAAAGAACAGCGACGUUACUUCUGUAGCGAUUGUAUGAUUCCUCCUAUUUGCAAUGUCUGCUUCAAAAAGAACGAUCACAAGACCAUCUUAUCAUUCAAGUAAACAAUAUUCUUCCUUAAUCAUUAUAUAAAAAAACUUCUUCUCUAUUAUUACAUUCCCACAUUCGUCGAUGGAACCACUUAAUCAAAAUUUCAGUCUCUUUUGACAUGAAAACAAGCUUUAAUUAUGAUUAUUGGGCUUUGAAAUCACAGGCAUUUAGAUGUUCAAACCAGACAGGCGUAAGGAAAGACUUCACAUAUCAUAUAUGGACAUAUCUGGGAUACAUAUGUUUUCUGUGAACCGGUCUUGGAUAGUUUUGAUUAAUCAGAGAUGUGAGAAUGAUGUUCAUCGUUUUAGAAACAAUGUUUCACAUAGAUGCAAAGUCUGUGGCUGGGAUUUUGAAACGGCUUCUUCUGCUUUCUGUUCUAUAGAAUGCAGGUACAUGUUAUUUCUAUUUCCAUUUCUGAUUUUUUUUUUCUUUUCUUUUACAAUUAUAACUCGACAAAUUAAUUUGUUGGUCUGUGUAAAUAUUUUAACACUAUAACUGUUAAUUUGUAACAGCUUAGGAACACUCUUGGAUCACAACUCGAUGAGAUGAUGGGGAGUUUAGACGAUGUUGUGAAGAGAAAGGAGAAUUCAGAAGAUGUUUUUGAACCUAUUGUGAAGAGAAAACAUAGGAGGAAAGGGACUCCAUAUAGAUCUCCAUUCUACUAGGGUUAAAGAGGUUUUUGAAAGUUCAAAAAAAAAAAAAAAGAGGUUUUUGAGAUGUUUAGGUAUGUGUACCGUGUGCAUGUUGGACUUUUCUUUUUGUUUUUACUUCCAGGUUAAACUGCUAACUGUUUCUUAUGGAAUGUGAUCUUUUUUUUUCUUGUCUAAAUCAUCUUGUUUAUAUAGUUUAAUCUUAAUACCCUCAAGAUAAUAUAUUUGUGAUUUAUAUCGUGCUAUUGUUUUCCCCAAUACUCUUCAUUGUAUUAAUUACUGUGUGGAUAAUGAAUAAGUUCGUCUGUAUUUGUCUUUGAAUAUUGAGACAAAUGUCAUAAACAAUCCUACAGGCUUUUUUAGCAAAUAAAUUAAGCCAAAUCUAUUGGCGUGGAUCGCACAUAACACUCUGGAUAAUUUCAGACCGAAUACAUCUUUAAAAUCUCAUAUUAAUGAUAAUGGUUCCAUUUUCUUAAUGAUAUUACAAUUAAUGUAAAUACCCACUUUACAUUAAAUUACUACAUACGGUACCGUUCACCCACCAAGUAUCAGGAGAUGGUAGUUUUUGUAUUGACGCUAGAGAUUCUUACUAUUCUCUCUGUUGGGAAGAUCUUACCUCACAUGGUAUCAUAUUUUUUAUCCCUUACCUCAUUUUAUUUGACCAAAUUUUUUAAAUUCAUAGUAUAGGUUUUCACAUGUUUUUUAUCUAUCAUAUUUAAAUUUAUAUUCAGUAAUUUAUAUAAGCCAUAUAUAUACACAUGACUAACAGGCACUCGUCAUGCAUUAUUAUAUCAAUUUAUCCCCAUUUGUACUAUGUAAAAUGUGUACAAUGAUAUAUUAUUACUUAAAUCUUAGAGGGAAAAUAUACAUCAAUUUAUCAAACGUCAAUUUUGGAAUUUUACAGUUACAACAUACAAUAUCAAACGUCAAUUUUGGCAUCCUACAACAUACCUUAUCGUGAUGGUUAUAUAACGUUAUAGUAACGGUCAGCCAAGAUGUGUUUUAUUUAAUAAUAGUGCAAAACAAAGAUUAUUGUAGUGUAUCUGUGCGAAUCGAGACUAGCUAGUUCCUCUUCAUCAUAUGCAAAAAAGCAGGAGAAAUCGGACAAAAUCGCUUUUAUUAUCUUUCAAUUAUAAGACGCACAAACUAAAAAAAAAUAGUUCGUCGGAUACGUGGGUGAAUAAGUGAUCCUAAUCUCAGACAACAGAUCAAACUCCUUUAUAAUUUUAAACAAUAAUGUUAAUCAAAACAGAGUUCUUUUUGGGUGAAAAGGUAUUAAAAGUGAUAGGGAAUAAUAAAGGUUCAUUCAGCGGAAAAUAUAAUGAUAGAGGUUCAUAACUUCAUAUAAUUGAAGCCUACGAAAUUUAAUAUAUUGUAUCCGACUUUGGAAACUACAAAACAAUUAUUUUCUGUAAGGGGUCCAACGGAAAGCGAUAUUCUUCAACAAAUCGAUCCUAAUCAAAACAUUUAAAAAUGUAACAUUGUACUUAUGUUACAAUUAUAACAACACAAGAAAAUUCGAUGCAGCGUUGUGGGCCGUAAUACCGUGUAGAUAGACACUCAAUAAUUUCGAGUUGAAUGGCAUUAUUGAUGCAUGUUCAUACGAAAAUUUAAAUUAAAAAAAAAUAAUGUGAUGCACGUACAUAGAGUUUAAAGACCCGAAUCUCUCGUUAGGUGACCCACGAAACCGAAUGAAUCUAAAUGGGACCGAACCCGACCCGACUCAGCUUGGCCCCACUCAUGCUUAAGUCUCUGUUGCCUUCACGUGAUGCUCAGCUUCGUUGCAGUUGCACCCCAUCCGCCGGAGAAUAGAACGCCCGGCCACCUAAGCCUUGUCUCUUUGUCUCCACUCUCUCAUGUUUCGCCACUUGGACUUUU